CCGAUGUGUAUGUGUGUGUGUGUGUGUUGAGGGCAGAUAUUGAAGAUAGCAGCCGCAAGUGGAGCAACUUUAAUGAGGACUAGGAAGAGAUAGUCUAUUAUCUGAAACAAUUCAUGAACGAUGCUGUGAAAUUCAUUUUUAAAAACCCCGGGCACCUGCCUAUGGCGGAUUUCGUAUUUCACAUUGGAUUAUUAACUUUCUCUUCGAUUUAUGCGCGAAGCGCACGUUGGUAUAUCUAAAUCCGGAAGAAAGGAGAGGAGUAGAGGACUAUACCGGGGACGGUGUUUUCCUUUCCACUCUGUGUAGAGGAAUAAAGGACUAUAGCGGGGUGUUUUUCUUUCCACUCUGUUUCCUCUCUGAGCGCACUGUUCUGUCUCUGUGACACUCACAUUCAACUCGUAAGCAUCUUAAUUGAAACAUGUCAGGCAAAUUAUCGGUCUACCUCUUGCUUCUGACAGUCUUUCAUGCCUGUUCUCCAAAAAUGGAAUAUGAAGAAGAGUAUGAGGAUGUUACCAUGAACCAAAAGUUGGCUCCGAAGACGAUGGAGGCAGACACCACAGAGAUUCUGAACAAUUUACUCAAGGAAUACGAUAAGAAACUACGGCCAGAUAUUGGAGUUAAACCAACGGUCAUAGAUGUGGACAUCUAUGUGAACAGCAUUGGACCGGUGUCAUCCAUAGAUAUGGAAUACCAGAUCGACAUCAUCUUUGCCCAGACGUGGACAGACAGCAGGUUGAGCUACAACAGCACCAUGAAUAUCCUGACCCUGAACAGCAACAUGGUGGGACUCAUCUGGCUCCCCGACACCAUCUUCAGGAAUUCCAAGAACGCUGACUCCCAUUGGAUUACAACACCCAAUCAGCUGCUCAGGAUAUGGAGCGACGGGAAGAUACUCUACACGCUAAGGCUGACCAUAAAUGCAGAGUGCCAGUUACAGCUGCAUAACUUCCCCAUGGACGAACACUCCUGCCCACUCAUCUUCUCCAGCUAUGGCUACCCCAGAGACGAGAUGAUUUACAAGUGGAGGAAGAACUCUGUGGAGACAUCCGACCAGAGGUCCUGGAGACUCUAUCAGUUUGACUUCAUGGGACUACGCAACACCUCACACAUAGUCAAGACAACAGCAGGUGAUUACAUAGUGAUGACAGUGUUCUUUGACCUGAGCAGAAGGAUGGGCUACUUCACCAUCCAGACCUACAUCCCAUGUAUCCUCACCGUGGUGCUCUCCUGGGUCUCCUUCUGGAUCAAGAAAGACGCCACACCAGCCAGAACAGCUCUAGGGAUAACCACGGUGUUGACCAUGACCACUCUGAGCACAGUGGCAAGGACGUCACUUCCCAGGGUUUCCUACGUGACGGCCAUGGACCUCUUCGUCACUGUGUGUUUCCUGUUUGUGUUCGCUGCGUUGAUGGAGUAUGCCACACUCAACUACUAUUCAUACGGUGCCAGCCCAAGACCCAGACCACGGAACACCCAGAGAAUGGAACCUCUCCCGUAUAUUUUUACAUUUAACUACUCAGUGUUGGAAAUGGGACCUGCCCCUACGGUGAUCAAGUUGAACAACUCCACGUAUAACAACCUAUACUGGCAGGAAUUUGAGGACGCCUGUGUCUAUGAGUGCCUGGAAGGGAAGGACUGCCAGAGCUUCUUCUGCUGUUACGAUGAGUGUAGAGGAGGCGGAUGGAGGAAAGGACGCAUCCACAUAGAUAUCCUGGAGCUGGACGCUUAUUCCAGGGUCUUCUUCCCCACAUCCUUCAUUCUGUUUAAUGUAGUCUACUGGGUCAGCUAUCUGUACCUUUAG